GUUUCUCUAUGUGUGUGUUUGUGUUUGAAGGCUUUGUGACUGUGUCAGUGGCGUUGUUAUAAAAACACAACAAAAAUUGAAUGCCGAAUUGAAAGUGGUUGACAGGCAACUGGAAAAACAACAGCCAUGGCAAUAAUGUCGAGUGUCCUUUUGGCCAAGGCAAAGUGAAAGCAAUACUCGCCCGAACAAAUAGAGAAAAAUAUAUACAAAAUCGACAAAUAAAGAAAACAACUAGCAAUUGCCGAAAGUUUAUUAUUUUCCCAUUGAUUUCGAUGCAAAUCAACUGCGCAACAAUUUCGAAAAUCGUAUUGAAGUAGUCAACAUGCAAAUUGCCUGUGCCGGACCCGGUCGCAAUCGAACCCAGGACUCGAAUCCAUACCAGCCAUCCUCGACCUCGUCCUCGUCCGCGUUCGCGUUCGCAUCGUGGUCCUCUGCUAAAUCCACAUCCUCAACAUCCUCGACAUCGUCAUCAUCAUCGAAGGCAGUGGAACGCACCGUGGUAGAGCCAACAGGGGCGCAAUAAAAAUUGCCUAUAAAUGGGCGGAAGUGCCAGAGGCGUAGGCUGCCAGGGGCAGGAGCAGCAGCAGGAGCAGGAGCAGGAUGUUCUACGCACAAGGACGAUGGAAGGAGGAAGCAAACGGCAGAACAACAAAGCCAAACUUCCGCAUCGGAUGCGACCGAACGGAAGUUAUUUUGGCCGGCUGAACGUGAGCGCGGUACUCAUCUACUUGUGGUGCUAUCUGCUCCUGAUAAUGGCAGCAUCUGGCGGCAGCAACAACGUGGUGAACGGCCUCAAAUGCUACUGCAAUCCGAAGGAGUGCGACGUCAUCCGCUCGCCGGACUGCCCCGGAAAAGGACUCAUGCUCUGGGAUCCCUGCAAAUGCUGUCGCAUAUGCGCCAAAACUUUGGGCGAGUCCUGCGGCGGUCCGGGCGGAUUUUCCGGUCAAUGUGAGCCGCCCCUGCAGUGUGUGACCAAGCUGCCCAUUAGCAGCGGACUGGGCGUGUGCAUGGAUUUGCAGCACCUGACUGCCCUGACCUACAGUCAGCACGAUAAUUGUUCCGACAGCAAUUCGAUUGUCUUGCAGCCGGGCUGCGAAAUCACAAACAAACGCUGCCAAUGCUGGCCAACAAUGCGCACCUGUCUGAGUGAACUUUCCAGCGAUGGGGGAUCCCCAGGCGACUCCAGUUGGCACUUCAAAAACCUUGAGGACUGCCAGUUGAACUUGCAGAAUCUAAUUAAACUCGAACAGGAAUUCGAUGAAGACUACAAAAUCUCACCGAGUAAAUUUACAUACAAGAAGCUGCGCAGAAAGCGAAAAUCGUUGAGAAAACGCAUCAUCAUCUUGAAGGAUUGAGGCUUUAGUAUGCCCACGGAAACAUCCUUUUUCUCAGCUCUUAAUGCAAUAAAACCAAAUGGAAAAUCUUGUACAGAUAGUAUGCUUACUUCUAACUAAUAAUAUGGCUAUUAUAAAUAACAUAUAUAUAUUUAAAAAAAACAUAUACAUAUACAAGAGGAAAAAUACAUAUGAGAAAUAGACAAAUUGUAUGUAUCCUAAGACAUUUGUUACUUUAUUGUUUUUAGAGUGCGCGUACGUAUGUAUAAAUUCGCAAUUUUUAUUCCUACUGCCCCGAAAACAAAAUAUACAAAACAAUAAAUUGAAAAAAAGUAUUCAAGGAUGUUGUUGCUUUUGAAAAUAACAAACACUAAAUGUGCAAAACGUUGGAGUUUUCCAUAAGCAUAAGUCAAGCCAUUCAAUUAACAAUAAACCAGAAUGACAAAUUUUGCUAACAUGAAACAGCAUUGAAAAUAUAUAAGUGGCCAGAAAAUAA